AUGAGAAGAGCUCGUACGACCGUCGCUGGGGCGGCUCUCUCUUUCUUCCUCGCAGGGAGCUGUGCUUCCUCGCUGCGCGCUCGGUUUCUGCUGUGUUCGUCGCCGCGCUGCCGGUGGCUCUCCUCGUCCUCUGCACCCUCCCCUUUCCCACCGCCCGAAUGGGUGGAUCCCUUCUUCGACCUCUCCGACGUCGCCGCCACCCCCAGCCGCGACCACCGUCAUCCCUCCCCCUGGCUCGCCCGCGUCGCCGCGCUUCUCCGCGAUUCCUCCAGCGUCGAAUCCGCCCUCGACGAUUACUGCCGCCACUUCCUCAUCCGCCUUUCUCCUGCUUUCGUCUCCCAGGCCCUCCGCAACCCGGACCUCCGAGAUCGCCCCGAAAUCGCCCUCCGCUUCUUCCGCUGGGCGGCGCGACAGCGCCAUUAUCGGCAGCACUGCCUCGAGUCGUACGUCGCCCUCGUUGAAAUAUUCUCCUCCUCGCCGCACCCGCCACCCGAACGAGACGCAGUGGUGCGGCAGCUGAUCUCCGAGGUACGUGCGCUGGGCCUUCUUCUGACAUCGCCGGCCUGCGGCUCCCUCAUCAAGUGCCUCGGGGCGAUGGCCAUGGUGGAGGAUCUUCUGUGGGUUUGGCGCCGGAUGAAGGAGAGCGGGGGGGAGGCCUCAGUGUGGACUUACAACUGCCUCCUCGGAGGGCUGGUGAACGCCUCCUUCCUCGACUCGGCCGAGAAGGUGUUCGACGUUAUGCGUUCAGGGGAGAAGCCGGGCAUCCGCCCGGACGUCGUCUCCUACAAUCUCAUGAUCAAGGCCUACUGCAGGGCCGGCGAUACCCGGGCAGCCAUGGAGCUGCUCGCCGAGAUCGAUGAUGCGGGGAAGGGUGGCGGCGGUGCCCACGACGGCGUCGUCUCCCCUGACAAGAUCACCUACAUGAUGCUGAUCCAGGCGCAUUACGCCGACGGCGACUCCGGCGCGUGCCUGCGGCUUUACCACGAGAUGGAGGAGAAGGGUCUGGAGGUGCCGAGCCAUGCCUACAGCCUCGUGAUGGGCGGCCUGUGCAGCGCCGGAAAGCCGUUUGAAGCGACGGCCCUGCUGGAGAGGAUGGCGGAGAGGGGGUGCAGGGCGAACGUGGCCAUCUACACGAUGCUGAUGGACUCCUUCGCCAAGGUCGGCAACGAGCGGCGGGCGAUGGAACUCUUCGAGCGGAUGAAAAAGGAGGGCCUAGAGCCCGACGAGGUGACCCACGGCGUGGUUGUCAACUGCCUCAGCAAGGGCGGGAGGGCGGAGGAGGCGGCGGAGUGGCUCAGGCACUGUAAAGAUCGCGGCGUGCCCGUCAACGCCGUCCUUUACGCCAGCGUGAUCGACGGGCUCGGCAAGGUCGGCAUGGUUGAGACCGCCAUGAAGCUGUUCGACGAAAUGGUGGAGGAGGACGGGCUGCUCCCUGACUCGUUCUGCUACAACGCGCUCAUGGACGCCCUAUGCCGAGCUGGGAGGGUGGACGAGGCCCUCGGGCUCUUGGGCAGGAUGGAGCGCGAGGGCUGCGACCAGACGGUCUACACGUACACCAUCCUCCUCGAAGGGCUGUUCAAGGACCACAGGAACGAGGAGGCUCUCAAGCUGUGGGACGCCAUGCUCGACCGGGGCGUCACCCCCUCGCCGGUCUCCUUCCGGGUCCUCUGCAGGGGCCUCUGCCUCUCCGGGAAGGUAGCGAGCGCCUGCAGGCUGCUGGACGAGCUGGCCCCCAUGGGCGUCGUCCCGGAGACGGCCCACGAGGACAUGAUCGGCGUGCUGUGCCGCGCGGGGCGGGUGGAGCAGGCCUGCAAGCUGGCGGAUGGCGUCGUGGAUAGGGGGCGGGAGGUGCCCGGGAGGGUACGCACCAUCUUCAUUAAUGCUCUGCGGAAGGGGGGGAAGGCGGAGUUAGCCAUCAAACUGAUGCACAGUAAGAUCGGAAUCGGCUACGACAGGGUGGGCAGCAUCAAGAGGCGGGUGAAGUUCCAGUCCCUCCUGAAAUGA